AUGUUCUUUGGAUACUACGACUCUUGUGAUACAAUGCACUCAAACUCAUCAUCUCCGACUUUGAUUGAUGUUAGCCAUGUGUCACACUUCACAUCAUCAUCAACAUCAUCAUCACCGUCAUCACCAACAUCUUCACCAUCAUCGACUACUACUACAACAGAUACAGUAUACACAAUGGAUGAGGUCAGGAGACAUAAAUCAGUCGAUGAUCUGUGGGUCGUUGUACAUGAUAAGGUCUACGACCUAACACACUUUGUCAAGGAUCACCCAGGUGGAAUGUCUGUCAUCAUGGGUGAGGCUGGAAAGGAUGCCACACUCUCAUUCGAAGACAUUGGACAUAGUUACACUGCUUAUAACUUGUUGGAGAAGUUUAAGAUUGGAGUAUUGGCACCAAGGUCAUUGGGACAACGUUCUACAACAUCAUCAAGUGCAUCUUCAUCAUCAUCGACUACAACUACAUCACCAUCACAAUCAUCAUCAUCAACAACUAUUACGUCAACCUAUCGAAGGAACGAAUAA